UCUCGCUCGCAUCUACUUUCUCCUCUACCUCUUGAGAGAAACGACGCAGGCCUGCGUUUCCUUUCCCUCUCUUUUUCAUACACGACUUCUUUCGAGGAUAAGCAGGGGUCAACCGCGGAGGAAAGUGACAGGAGAGAGAGCAGAUACCGAGUCUCGCUUUCUUUUUCUUUUCUCUCUCUCUUUCUCCGCCUCUCUCUUCUACUAGCCGUGGUUGUGACCGGGUGGACGUGCAUUCAGCAUGAUAGCGGCUCAGCUUUUGGCCUACUACUUCACAGAGCUGAAGGAUGAUCAGCUCAAAAAGAUUGAUAAGUACCUGUACUCCAUGCGUUUUUCGGACGAGACGCUGAAGGAUAUCAUGAGCCGUUACCGUAGGGAGAUGGAGAAUGGCCUGGGUCGCGACACAAGCCCCACUGCAACUGUCAAGAUGCUGCCCACCUUCGUCCGGUCAAUCCCUGACGGAUCAGAGAAGGGGGACUUCAUUGCCCUGGACCUGGGCGGUUCCAACUUCCGCAUCCUUCGUGUCAAAGUCACACAGGACAAGAAGCAACCCGUCCAAAUGGAGAGUCAGGUAUAUGAAACCCCCGAUGACAUCACCCACGGGAGCGGAACGCAGCUCUUUGACCACGUGGCAGAUUGCCUCGGUGACUUCAUGGAGAAACAAAAGAUCAAGAACAAGAAACUCCCUGUAGGCUUCACCUUCUCCUUCCCCUGUGCUCAGAGCAAACUGAACGAGGCGGUCUUAGUGACGUGGACAAAGAAGUUCAAGGCCAGUGGUGUGGAGGGGAUGGAUGUUGUCAAGCUUUUGAACAAGGCCAUCAAGAAACGAGGGGACUAUGACGCGGAUAUCAUGGCUGUGGUGAAUGAUACUGUUGGUACCAUGAUGACCUGUGGAUUUGACGAUCAGCGAUGUGAAGUGGGCAUCAUCGUUGGUACGGGAACCAACGCCUGCUACAUGGAAGAGCUGCGUCACAUCGACCUGGUAGAGGGAGACGAGGGCCGAAUGUGCAUCAACACGGAGUGGGGCGCCUUCGGGGACGAUGGGUUGUUGGAGGACAUCCGCACAGAAUUCGACCGUGAGAUUGACCGGGGCUCCCUCAAUCCAGGAAAACAACUGUUCGAGAAGAUGGCCAGUGGGAUGUACAUGGGAGAACUGGUUAGACUCAUUUUGGUCAAGAUGGCUAAAGAAGGCCUGCUGUUUGAGGGACGAAUCACCCCUGAGCUCCUGACCAAAGGAAAGAUUGAAACAAAGCAUGUUUCUGCCAUUGAAAAGAGCAAGGAGGGGCUGAAAAAGUGCAUGGAGAUCCUGACGAGGCUCGGCGUGGAACCCUCAGAUGAAGACUGCCUCGCUGUGCAGCACGUCUGCACCAUUGUGUCUUUCCGUUCUGCAAACCUUAUUGCCGCCACCCUCGGGGGCAUCCUGGCUCGGCUAAAGGAGAACAAGGGAGUGGCUCGUCUCCGAACAACUGUGGGCAUUGAUGGGUCUCUCUACAAGAUGCACCCUCAGUACGCCCGCCGUCUCCACAAAACGGUGCGGCGCUUGGUCCCGGACUCGGACGUCCGCUUCCUGUUGUCCGAGAGUGGGAGUGCUAAAGGCGCUGCUAUGGUGACGGCCGUGGCGUAUCGGUUGGCCGACCAGGCCCGUCAGAUCCAGCAGACCCUGGCCGAGUUCCGGCUGAGUAAAGCCCAGCUGCUGGAGGUGAAGAAGAAGAUGAGGACGGAGAUUGAGAGGGGCCUGCAGAAGAACACCCACAACGAUGCCACAGUCAAAAUGUUGCCCACUUUUGUUCGGAGAACACCGGAUGGGACAGAGAAUGGGGAUUUCCUUGCUCUGGACCUCGGCGGGACGAACUUCCGUGUACUUUUGGUGAAGAUUCGCAGUGGGAAGAGGCGAACAGUGGAGAUGCACAACAAAAUCUACGCCAUUCCCAUCGAAGUUAUGCAGGGCACAGGAGAAGAGCUCUUCGACCACAUUGUGCACUGUAUCUCUGACUUCCUGGACUACAUGGGGAUGAAGAGUGCACGUCUGCCCCUGGGAUUUACCUUCUCCUUCCCCUGUCACCAGACUAGCCUGGACGCUGGUAUCCUUGUUAACUGGACCAAAGGCUUCAAAGCCACUGACUGUGAGGGGGAGGAUGUGGUGGAGCUCCUACGGGAGGGAAUCAAGAGGAAAGAGGAAUUUGAGCUGGAUGUGGUUGCUAUAGUGAAUGACACAGUUGGGACGAUGAUGACCUGUGCAUAUGAAGAACCCACCUGUGAGGUGGGCCUCAUUGCAGGGACCGGCAGUAAUGCAUGUUACAUGGAGGAGAUGAAAAACAUCGAGAUGGUCGACGGAAAUGAGGGCCGGAUGUGCGUCAACAUGGAGUGGGGGGCGUUUGGCGACAACGGCUGUCUGGACGACAUCCGGACGCAGUACGACUGUGCCGUGGAUGAGAACUCACUUAACGAGGGCAAACAGAGGUAUGAGAAGAUGUGCAGUGGGAUGUACCUGGGGGAGAUAGUCAGGAACAUCCUGAUCGACUUGACGAAGCGUGGCUUCUUGUUCCGCGGACAGAUCUCUGAGACACUGAAGACCAGGGGCAUCUUUGAGACCAAGUUCCUGUCCCAGAUAGAAAGUGAUCGUCUGGCCCUGCUUCAGGUCAGAGCUAUCCUGCAGCAGCUGGGGUUGGACAGCACCUGUGAUGACAGUAUUAUCGUCAAGGAAGUGUGCGGCACCGUGUCCCGCCGUGCGGCUCAGAUAUGCGGAGCCGGAAUGGCUGCUGUGGUGGACAAGAUCCGUGAGAACAGAGGACUGGACCAUCUUGACAUCACCGUGGGGGUGGACGGAACACUCUACAAGCUGCACCCACACUUCUCCCGGAUCUUCCACCAAACGGUGAAGGAACUCGCCCCCAAGUGUGAUGUCAACUUCCUGUUGUCAGAGGAUGGCAGUGGGAAGGGGGCUGCCCUCAUCACCGCUGUGGGCUGCCGCCAGAGGGAACAGGAAGCACAGCAUUAAGAAGCCCUCCUCCUCAACUUCCUUUGGCCUCAGCGAUGAUCUACUGCUCCACCCUUACCAUCACCUUAUGCACACAUGCCCCCUUCUUCCAUCUUCCAUUGGCAGCCGUGACUCCACCCCUGCCCCAACCUGGCCCCUCCCACAGCCAGACAGACACACUCCUCGCAUAGGGAAUUAAUAACUGCAUAUCUAGAUAUUUAUUUAUACUAAACCAGAGGGUUUAUUAUUAUUUUAAUGUUUGUACAUUUUCCUCUAUAGCUUGUUGUUGAUAUAACCUGAUAAAAUUUCUUCAGGGUGCAAUAUUUGUGUAUUGCUAAUUUUAUUUUUAUACGGAGGGGAAUAUAUAUAUAAUUGUAUUUAUAUUGCAAAGGCAACUUUACAGCUCAGAGGUGAUUAGGAUUUUGCACCGUAGACAUACAAAGAAAAAUGUCUGUGCUUUUUUUAUGAGCGUUACAAGAGUAGCAUGUAGGUGGACUUUCCCAAUUAAAUCUGCUUGGAAUUCCACUAAGGAAUGAAGAACUGAUUUUUUUUCUUUUCUUUUUUUUUCCAACUUCCAUUAGUUUUACAGUACCAAUUCCAAAAGGGCUCACUGCAUAGAGUUGAAUGCAAGAGUCACGGCUGUAGAAACGUCUUCAUUUUACUCACCAAACGCUCACACCAAUGUGCUUGGCUACUAACCCCUUUUUGUGUUCAUGUCAAUGUUAAAUCCUAAUAAGUAUUCCAACUGCUCUGUACCCUUUAUUCCCACUGUAGGCAAGGAAUGCCCCAGCGAAAUGAGUGUUAGCCUUUCUUGUUACUAUUUGUGAACUGCUAUAUUUUUGGUGUUGUGUUGAAAUCCCACUUGUACACACCGUGCUGUACGGAGAAUAAAUGUUUGUUGGACCCUGAGAAGAGGAUACUAAGAGCGCCUUUAUGUGGUGUCAGUGUCAGUGUGUGUACUACUGCGACCUGUAGCUUUCAAUGUCGAAAAAAAAAAAGUGUGGCGACUGCAUGCCUUGCAAUGAGACCAAGAGAGAACUGGAUCUUUUUUUUUAACCUCAACAUAGUAGGUUUGAGAUCAAAACGUUGGAAAGCGAACCCAUUAAAAUUAUAUUUUGC